AUGUACAUUGCACCCCACUGCCUUGUCAAAGAUGAAGGUUUCGCAAAUUACGGUUGGAAUGUAACGACGCCCUGCAGUGGAAAUAAUUCCAAAUUGAUUAAAUACUCAAAAAUUUUGCUUCAGAGGGAUCAUAAGAAUAAAAUUAUUCACAACAAGAAACAACUUCACAAUUACACGCAGUUGUUUCACCGCCACAGGUGGGAUCACCGUCUACUUGAGCCAACAAUCGCUUCAGCAAGCAAGUCCUCAGCAAAUGAAUCAACGAACUCCAAUGAGCGCUCAGCAGAUGAGCUCAGGGAAAUUCAUGGCAUGAGUACUGGUAAUCCCGAAGCUUGUCCAGCAGAUCCUCAGUUGAGCUCUCAGACACUAGGGUCUGUUGGUAGCAUAACCAAUUCCUCUAUGGAUAUGCAAGGUGUUAACAAGAGCAAUUCUACCAACAACAACAACAAUGGGCAGUGA